AAAUCUGCUAAACGAAACAAGGAUUUUUCUCGCAGGGGAAAAUGGGGCAUGGAGGUUCGAAAUCAAGCUCGUCAGAUGAGUCUGCAGACGGCGGUGGUUCAGAUUCAAAAUCACGACCGUCGUACCGCGAGAGAAUCAAACAGAAAUUCCACCUCCACCGUCCUCCCACCACUUCCCAGCAUUCUAACCUCAUCGAUCACGACCAUUUCGCCGGCAUCGCUUUGGUCACUCUCAAAAGUGCGGAAAUGAAGUUCAAGGACAAGUGGCUUGCUUGUAUUUCAAUUGGAGAACAGACGUUUCGCACUCAAGUUUCUGACCAGACCAACAAUCCUGAAUGGAACUCAGAGAAAAAGUUUCUUGUGGAAAAGAAUGGGCCACACCUCGCUAGAGUAUCAGUUUUUGAGACCAAUAAACUGUCAAAGAACAACCUCAUUGGGUACUGUGAGAUUGAUAUUUUCGAAUUUCUCAGUCAAGCUUCAGAUUCUGAUGUUGAGGUGUUUGAGUUAUUUGAUCCAUCAUCAUCCAAUGUAAUGGUUGGCAAAAUAUCUGUUUCAUGUUCUAUCGAGGACCCAAUUGAAACAGAGAAAAGUUUUGCAAGGCGAAUCUUGUCUAUAGUUGAUUAUAAUGGUGAUGGAAAAUUGUCUUUCUCUGAGUUCUCAGAACUAAUAAAUGCAUUUGGUAAUCAACUUGCAGCAAGAAAGAAAGAGGAGCUCUUUAAGGCAGCUGAUGUAAAUGGAGAUGGUGUUGUUAGCAUGGACGAGUUGGCUACACUUCUCGCCGUACAACAAGAAAGGGAGCCACUUAUAAAUUGUUGCCCUGUUUGUGGGGAGCUUCUGGAAAUUUCUGAUAAGCUGAAUUCAAUGAUUCACAUGUCACUCUGUUUCGAUGAGGGCACUGGAAACCAGGUUAUGACUGGAGGCUUCUUAACUGAUAAACAAGCCUCCUAUGGGUGGAUGUUCAAAUUAUCUGAAUGGGCCCAUGUGUCAACCUAUGAUGUAGGCUUGAACUCUGGUUCAAGUGCUUCACAUAUUGUGGUUUUUGACAGGCGAAAAAAGAGGCUUGUGGAGGAGAUAAUUGAUGGAAAGAUUGUUUUAUCAAUGAGAGCCAUUUAUCAAUCUAAAGUAGGGCUUGGCAUUAUGGACAAAGGGGCAAAAGAGAUAUUGCAGAGCUUAUCAGAAAAGCAGGGAAAGAAAAUGAAUUCAGUUGAAUCUGCUAAAGACAUACCAGCAUUUCUUCAAUUCUUUAAGGACCAAAUCAAUUUGGCUGAAGUCAAGUACCCCAUGGAUCAUUUCAAGACAUUUAAUGAAUUUUUUAUUAGAGAGCUGAAACCUGGAGCACGACCAAUUGCCUGUGUGGGACGUGAUGAUGUUGCUGUCUGUGCUGCUGAUUCCCGUUUAAUGGCAUUUUCAACAGCUGAAGAAAGUUGCAGAUUCUGGAUCAAGGGUAGAAAGUUUUCUAUCCAAGGUCUUCUGGGUAAUAUUCCAUGCUCAAAUGCUUUCAUUGAUGGAACCCUGGUGAUAUUUCGCUUGGCACCACAGGAUUACCAUCGUUUUCAUUUUCCAGUUUCUGGAACUAUUGAGCAGAUUGUUGACAUACCUGGAUGCUUAUAUACGGUUAAUCCCAUUGCUGUGAAUAGCAAGUAUUGCAAUGUGUUCACAGAAAACAAGCGGGCUGUAUCUAUUAUAUCAACUGCAGAUUUUGGCAAGGUAGCAUUUGUGGCAAUUGGAGCAACAAUGGUUGGCAGCAUCACAUUAACUAUAAAGAAGGGAGACUAUGUGCAGAAAGGAGACGAGUUUGGUUAUUUCUCUUUUGGUGGCAGUACAGUCGUUUGUGUCUUUGAAAAGGACUCAAUAGCACUAGACGAGGACCUUCUGGCUAAUAGCACAAGAUCACUCGAGACCCUAGUUUCUCUUGGAAUGCAAUUAGGGGUCUCCUCAAAGAAACGUGCUGACCUUUCUUUGCCAGAUAUCAACAAUUGUGUCUUAGGGGAUUGAAAAUGUGAAAUCUUAGUGCAAAUGACCAUGUAGGUAUCUUUAACAAUCUUGAACUUGAUAUAUCACUACAUAUUUGAUUAAUAGGUAGCAUGUUACCUAUCCCCGCGUUCUAGUUCAAUUCCAUAAUUGGAUCCUAUCCCAUGCGGUAUUGAUCCAUUUUCCUCAAGAGCAGAGUCCUUAUGAUAUGGGGUUGUAGCUCCUGUGAGAGACAUGGACUAUAUUUCAUUAGAUGGGAUCCACCUCUCUUUAGUUGUGUGCAUAAUAAAAAUCUACAACUCUUGAUAUCCCAAAUGGACUGUUACUCUUCAACGUUCGUUUGUAGUUAAUGUAAUUUACAA